CUCCAACCACAGAUGGCGCUACAACCAAAACAAACGUGUCCCUCCUUCAGACAGGGCCCUUCUUCUCUCUGUCCUCGGCCUGUACUGAAAACACACUGGGGCAGGAACUUUGACCAGUGCUCCAGCGCUAGUUAGCAGUCAGCUAGCUUGUUUUCUGUGUUAUUUUCAUACAGUUGUGUGUUUUUUCAUAUGCAGAGAGAUGUGGUUUAUUUAUUUACUCAGCUGGCUGUCGUUAGUCAUCCAGAUAUCCUUCGUCACUCUAGCAAUAGCUGCUGGCCUCUACUACUUGGCGGAACUAAUAGAAGAAUACACAGUAGCCACCAGUCGAAUAAUAAAAUACAUGAUAAUGUUCUCGACAGGUAUGCUGGCAGGUCUCUAUCUUUUUGAAGGCUUCCCAGUGUUGAUGGUGGGAGUCGGCCUCUUCACCAACCUGGUGUACUUCGGUCUCCUGCAGACUUUCCCCUACAUACUGCUGAGCUCCCCAAACUUUAUUCUCUCCUGUGUGUUGGUGGUGGUAAACCAUUAUAUGGCCUUCCAGUACUUUGCACAAGAGUAUUAUCCAUUCUCAGAGGUGCUGGCAUACUUCACCAUCUGCCUGUGGGUGAUCCCCUUCGCCUUCUUUGUGUCACUUUCGGCGGGGGAGAAUGUGCUUCCGUCCACCAUGCAACAAGGAGAUGAUGUGGUGUCUAAUUACUUCACCAAAGGCAAGAGGGGGAAGAGGUCUGGGAUCCUCCUCGUGUUCUCUUUCCUCAAGGAGGCAGUGCUGCCUAGCCGACAGAAAAUGUACUGAGGAGCUCAAACUCGGGGGUCAGGGGGUGUGUGUGAGAGUGUAUGUGUUGAAGAAAAAGGGUAAGCAGGAAAAAAACUUUGGAAAUUUGUUUCUGGAUGGGACUAAAAUGAAACAGUGAACCAAGGUGGGAGAGCACACUAAGAGGACGGACCAAUGAACAGAACAGAGCUUCCUGCUGGAUGAGCCUACGGGUUUACACAGGCCGUAUUCGUCUCUUAUAUUUUUCCUUCUGUCUGUACUGACUGCCAACGUACUAGAGACCUCAUUGUGGGGAUCUUGUCCAUAGCGCAAUGCUUUCUUAUUGUCAUAAUGGACUCCUCCAUAUGUAUGUGCGGGGUCUGAAAUUAACAACCACAAAACACCUGUAUAUUUUGACUUUAGCAGAAAGAUCAAAAUUUAAAUUUUUCAUCUUGAGAUUAGAUCUGCUGUCAUUUGAGUGUUGAAAGUCUCACAAUUUUAUCUGAUUCAAUGAACAAAGAAGCAUUGAAGACAGGUUAGGAGGCAAUACAUGAUAAAAAUAUUGAAAACUGUAUUUCUCCUGAGAUGAAGAAGGCUGGAGAUAUCUGAAACAGCGUAAAGGUACUUUGUAGGUAUUCCUGAUGUUAAAGCUUGGAUGUUGAUCGGAAAUCAUCCUUGAAAGGAUAAAACGUGCUAAAGUGACAAACCAGCUGCAGGAAAACAGGAAAAAUACCACAAGAGUGCUUAUUAAGUUUUUCUUUCAAAAGAGAUAAUGCAGUCUUAAGUUAUGGUGUAAGGAAACAAGAUAUGAUAUGAAUACUCUGCCCGGUUACAUCACGUCGAUGAAAAUGGGUUAGAAGAAAGGAUUACUUUUAUAAUUGAAAUACCGUUAAAUUCAAGUGAACAACAAUUGAUAUCUCCCAGUCUAGAUCAUUUACAUGUGGCCUUGUUUGCAUCUACAGUGUCAUUAAUCACCAGUGCUGUAGUCUGCAACCUGCGUGUCUUUUUUGGACUAUUUAAAAAAAAAAAAAAAAAUCACAGUAAUAAACUGAUUUUUGUACAUUGAUCUUUUAGUUAACCCGACAUAAGACAACUAAUGAAAACACAUGAAGAUUGAGCCUGCGCAACGACUAAGCUUAAGUGUGUCUGGGACAAAAGCUGUGGUUUGAUCAAAGUACUAUAAAAGAAGCUGAAAUUCUUUUUAACAAUUACGGAGUGUGAUUCAUUGUAGGCUGGUGUACACACAAAUGCAUAAUAAAAGAUUUUGUUAGAAUAA